UGGGCAGAUAACUCUAACAGGUGCUCGGAAGGGUGCUCCAACAUUCGUACGAUGUGUGGCAUGUAAUGAUCUUGAGAUCAUUAUUUCAAGUUUCAAUUAUGACAUUAUUUUCGCGAUCCUCUAAUUUACUAUGCAGUUUGAGACGAGGCCAAGUUUUUAUCCUCCGGUCUCAGUCCACUCAACAGGCUCCCAGACAAACCAGGGCAUACAAGAGGAAAAAGACAUUCGGUGAAGGAGGCUACGCUCUGCUGGUGAUUCCGGCCGCAGCGUUUUGUCUGGGCACGUGGCAGAUUCGACGACGCGAAUGGAAGCUGGGUCUGAUUGCUGACCUUGAGAAGAAGACGACCCAGCCACCCAUUCCUCUUCCACUUGACUUGGAGGAGUUUAAGGACCUGGAAUACCGCAGCGUGACAGUCCGCGGCCGGUUUGAUCACAGUCGGGAGAUGUACAUCGCUCCACGAAGUAACGUGAUGACGGAGAGUCAGGGUGGACUCAUCAAUGUCAACACACCGAGCCCUGGAUCCAACGUUGUCACACCGUUUAUACUCUCGGAUAGGGACUUGACCAUCCUGGUGAAUCGAGGGUGGGUUCCGGCCAAGAACCAAAAUUCUGCGACGCGGCAGAAAGGUCAGAUAGCGGAUGAGGUGGAGAUAGUCGGAGUGGUGCGUCACGAUGACCAGCGCAACCCAUUCAUGCCAAAGGGGAACCACAACACGUCGGGGUACUGGUUGUACCGGAGUGUCACCGAGAUGUCCGAGGCAGCUGGUACCGCGUCAGUCUUCAUUGAUGCAGACAGAUACAGCACAGUGAAUGGAGGACCGGUUGGAGGUCAGACGAGGGUCACCCUCAGGAACGAACACAUGUCAUACAUCAUCACAUGGUUCUCCUUGGGCCUCAUCACCCUGGGCAUGUGGUACCGCCGCUACUACCGACCUCCCCCUCCAGAGAGUGCCUUCACCUACAUCAAGAAGCAGCGGUAAACCAACACGAUGUCGCCUAGCAUAUGUUUGUAUAUACAACCAAGUAAACCAACACGAUGUUGCCUAGCAUACCUGUGUAUAUACAACCCAGUUAACCAACACGAUGUCCCUAUCAUGCCUGUGGAUCUACAAGUCAGGAUGAAGUGUUAACAGAAGCCGGUCCAGGAUUUUGAAAAAGGGGUGUGUGUGCACAUAAUACCCAAGUCACAAAGUGGUACCGAGGGGGCAGUUAACAUGUAAAGUGUCUGAGCACCCCCUGGUCCCUGCUCUGUAUCUGCCAGUUGUGAGGCCUGGUUCAACUGCUUGGUUUGCAGAUCAGCUGGAUCAAACUUUAACAAAUGUGGGAUGACAAAAAUUUUUGAAAUCAGUCUUUUCUUUCUGCUGGUUGGGGGUUGGGGGUCCCUUAGUCAUGCCAUAAACUUAUGAUCAUAUACUAGCCAGGAAACUAACACAAUUUCCCUCAGAAUACAUGUAUAUAUUUAUCUGCAAGCCAGUGCCAGGCCUAGUGGCUGCUUUUUGAUCCUCUGGCCUACAACUGUAUGAUGAACCAAGUCUAUUGUCUUAAUUAAUGUCAACUAAGUAACUUAUUUCUGUCAUGAAACAAAUGCCAAAGAGGUUAUUGUAGAAGGGACAAAAAAUCUUUCUUUCAUUUUUAUCUUUCUAAUUUUCACCUCAAUGACAACUCUGAGAUGAAUCAAAACGAUUUGAAAUUGUAGUUUUGAAUUGACUAUGGUCUUGAACAUAUAAUAUGAAAACUGGGACAGGAAAAAGGUGUUAUGGCAGCAUUUGUGUGACAAUACAUGGACUGACUCUCAAAGGCCUAGGUAGAUACAACUGUGUGAUGUGUGCAAAUCUCUGAGAAGAGUCUGUAACCAUGACUACGAGGUCAUCAGAUAGUGCCAUGGCCAUUACCACUGGCUAUGGGUGGCAGCUUUGUGAAAACAUUCUAAUUGAUAAACCGGUUCUAGCAGUUGGUGUGUACAUAAAAUACAUUUAAUGAAUGUGGAAUAAAGUUUGUAAAUCAA